AUGCCUGCUGAAUGUGUAAAGGUUAUUGUGAGAAUGCGUCCAUUUAAUCAAAGGGAGAAGGAAAACGGAAGUAAGCCCUGUGUAAUAGUGAAUGAAGAUGCAAAUAGUGUUGAAUUGCGAAAUAGUCAAGAUAAUGAGGUGAAGAAUUUUACUUACGAUUAUGUGUUCGGAGCUGAGACUCCAUAAUUAUAGAUUUAUUAGAAGACAGCUUUUAAUUUGGUUGAAUCUGUAGCUGAUGGCUAUAAUGGAACAAUAUUUGCAUAUGGUUAAACAGGUUGUGGCAAGACUUUUACAAUGAUAGGAGAUCCUUCGAAUGAAAUCAUGAAAGGCAUAAUUCCAAGGACCUUUGAUUAAAUAAUAAGCCUAAUAAACAAUAAUUCAGAUUCAAAUAAAAAGUUCCUCCUCAGGUGUUCAUACAUCGAAAUCUACAAUGAAGAAAUUCAUGAUUUGUUGAGCAAAGAUGUAAAAUAGAAAUAUGAAUUGAAAGAAGGAUAGCAGGGGGUAUUUAUUAAGGAUCUCAAUAUUGCUGUGGUAAGAACGACUCAAGAGAUGGAUAGAUAUAUGUAAUUAGGAACUCAAAACAGAUCUGUUGGCGCUACUGCUAUGAACAAAGAAUCUAGUAGAAGUCAUUGCAUUUUCACAGUUUAUAUUGAAUGUUCACUUACUGAUGCCAAAGGAAAUGAGAGAAUUACAGCGGGAAAAUUGAAUUUGGUUGAUUUGGCAGGAAGUGAGAGGUAAUCUAAAACAUAAGCAACUGGGGAUCGAUUAAAGGAGGCUACAAAAAUUAAUUUAUCUUUAUCUGCAUUAGGAAAUGUAAUUUCGGCACUAGUCGAUGGAAAGACUUAACAUAUUCCUUAUAGAGAUUCAAAGUUGACAAGGUUAUUGCAAGAUUCCUUAGGAGGAAAUACUAAGACAAUAAUGAUAACUGCAAUCAGUCCAUCUGACUUUAAUUAUGAUGAAACAAUGUCCAGUUUGAGGUAUGCAUCCAGAGCAAAGAUGAUCAAGAACUAACCAAAAGUAAAUGAAGAUCCAAAAGAUGCCUUAUUAAAAGAGUAGGCUGAAGAAAUUAAAAAGCUUAAAGAAUUAUUAUCAAAAUAGGCAGCUGGAUAACCUAUAAAUUUAGAAGCCUUCCAAUCAUUUAGUAAGCCAGGAAACAAUAACAAUGCAGAGAUUUCUAGAUUAAAGGAAGAGAAUGAUAGACUAAUGAAGGAGAAGUAAGGACUCCCACAGUCAGUAAAUUCAGAGGAAAAAUUAAAGGAGUUGCAUGAAUUUAAAGAAAAAAAAUAAUCUACUUUAAUAAGAGAAGGAUAAGUUUGA